AUGUCCCCACCAUGGCAGGACUCCACCAAGAGUCCCCACCAUGGCAGGACUCCACCAAGAGUCCCCACCAUGGCAGAAGGACUCCACCAAGAGUCCCCACCAUGGCAGGAGGACUCCACCAAGAGUCCCCACCAUGGCAGGACUCCACCAAGAGUCCCCACCAUAGCAGGACUCCACCAAGAGUCCCCACCAUGGCAGGAGGACUCCACCAAGAGUCCCCACCAUGGCAGGACUCCACCAAGAGUCCCCACCAUAGCAGGACUCCACCAAGAGUCCCCACCAUGGCAGGAGGACUCCACCAAGAGUCCCCACCAUGGCAGGACUCCACCAAGAGUCCCCACCAUAGCAGGACUCCACCAAGAGUCCCCACCAUGGCAGGACUCCACCAAGAGUCCCCACCAUAGCAGGACUCCACCAAGAGUCCCCACCAUGGCAGGAGGACUCCACCAAGAGUCCCCACCAUAG